AUGGGUGCUGGUCUCGAUGGUGAAGAAGCAGUUCAGCCCAAAGUGACCGAAGUCAAGAAGGAGAAGAAUUUUGAUAGUGAUGACGAAGACAAUCAAACGUCGAAGCAAAAGCUGAGUAAGAAGAAGUAUAAACAGUUGCACAGGCUGUCGAUUGCUGAGUUGAAGCAGCUUGUGAAGAGGCCAGAUGUCGUUGAAGUGUGGGAUGUUACUUCGUCGGAUCCUCGAUUGCUUGUGUACUUGAAGAGCUACAGAAAUACUGUCGCUGUUCCUCGCCACUGGUGCAACAAGAGGAAGUACCUUCAGGGGAAACGUGGUAUUGAGAAGCCCCCAUUCCAGCUUCCACACUUCAUUGAAGCUACUGGUAUUGCAAAGUUGAGAGCAGCCUAUGAGGAAAAAGAAAAUGAGAAGAAUGCAAAGCAGAAAGCACGAGCCAUGUCAAGACCAAAAGUAAGUAAGAUGGACAUUGAUUAUCAAGUGCUCCACGAUGCCUUCUUUCGAUACCAAACAAAACCGAGGCUGACGGGUCAUGGAGAUGUUUAUUAUGAAGGCAAGGAGUUCGAGGUCAAGUACAAGGAAAAGAGAGCAGGUGUAUUGUCGGAAGAAUUGAAACACGCUUUGGGUAUGCCUUCCGAAGGCGUUCCGGUUCCACCUCCCUGGCUCAUCAACAUGCAAAGAUAUGGACCACCACCUUCGUACCCAAAUCUGAAAAUUCCUGGUUUGAAUGCACCUAUACCCUCUGGGGCCCAGUUUGGUUAUCAUCCGGGAGGGUGGGGUAAGCCACCAGUUGACGAGUUCGGACGUCCGAUUUAUGGUGACGUUUUCGGG